AAAAAAAAAGAAAAAAAAAAAGAAGGUAUGACAAGUUUCUGAAACAAUUGUUAGGGGAAAAAACAUGAAGCAUUUUUAGUCUGAAUGUAAAGUGCAAGUUGUGCAAUUUGGAAUUCUACCGUAAUAUCUUUUCUCAAGGCACCACUGUACUUUCUUGACACAAAUUACUGUACUACUUUCCUAUUUACUCGACUGGGCUUUGGCCACAUCUUAGGGCAUUUCAAAAAGAGCAGAAAAAAACACAAAUCGGUGAGUUUUUUAGCAGAAUAGAUUCCAGAGAAAACAAACAGAUUCAUUAUUGAUGUUAAGGCUGAAUGUUUUACAUUUUAAUAAUCUUUUAUUUUUACACAUGCAUGACUUAAAAUGUCACUUAAAAUCUGGUUAAUUUUAUGAUGUUGAAAGUUUUAUCCUGAACAGAUUAAAUAAAAUUAUUUCUUAUGGGAUUCAUAUACAGUGGGUACGUAAAGUUUUCAGAGCCCCUUUGUUAUAUUGCAGCCAUUUGUUAUAAUAAUUUGUUUUUCCUCAUUAAUGUACGCACAGCACCCCACAUUGACAGAAAAAAGACAUAAUUGUUGAAAUAUUUGCUGAUUUAUUAAAAAAGAAAAACUGAAAUAUCACACAGCCAUAAGUAUUCAGCCGCUUUGCUGUGACACUCAUAUUUAACUCAGGUGCUGUCCAUUUCUUCUAAUCAUCCUUGAGAUGGUUCUACACCUUCAUUGGAGUCCAGCUGUGUUUGAUUAUACUGAUUGAACUUGAUUAGGAAAGCCGCACACCUGUCUAUAUAAGACCUUACAGCUCACAGUGCAUGUCAGAGCAAAUGAGAAUCAUGAGGUCAAAGGAACUGCCUGAAGAGCUCAGAGACAGAAUUGUGGCAAGGCACAGAUCUGGCCAAGGUCACACAAAAAAUUCUGCUGCACUUAAGGUUCUUAAGAGCAAAGUGGCCUCCAUAAUCCUGAAAUGGAAGACAUUUGGGACGAUCAGAACCCUUCCUAGAGCUGGCCGUCCGGCCAAACUGAGCAAUUGGGGGAGAAGAGCCUUGGUGAGAGAGGUAAAGAAGAACCCAAAGAUCCCUGUGGCUGAGCUCCAGAGAUGCAGUCGGGAGAUGGGAGAAAGUUCUAGAAAGUCAACCAUCGCUGCUGCCCUCCACCAGUCGGGGCUUUAUGGCAGAGUGGCCUGGCGGAAGCCUCUCCUCAGUGCAAGACACAUGAAAGCCCACAUGGAGUUUGCUAAAAAAAAAACACCUUAAGGACUCCAAGAUGGUGAGAAAUAAGAUUCUCUGGUCUGAUGAGACCAAGAUUUUGUUGGCCUUAAUUCUAAGUGGCAUGUGUGGAGAAAUCCAGGCACUGCUCAUCACCUGUCCAAUACAGUCCCAACGGUGAAGCAUGGUGGUGGCAGCAUCAAGCUGUGGGGGUGUUGUUGCCGUUUCGAGCUCAAAAUAGGCCGUUUACGUGAAUCGUACAGAUCCGAUGAGUUUUUCUUUGGAGGGGAGGGGGUGUUUCGUCGUCGCAGAUGUAAUUUCUGAAUAUUACUCCGCGGCGGACUAAUAUGCGAAAGCGCAUCGGCCUGAGGUUCCGCUUGUGUGCUCGGGACCUGCUUUGGAGUCACAGGAGUUGACGACACCAGAAAAAAACACUUCCGCCGCUUCAGCUGUUAAGAAGUAACGGUACUUUUACUUAUCUAAAUGUCACUCGCUACUUUUAUUUAUCAAUUAUUGCUUAUAUAUCAACUAUUUCCUGCGCGAGACUUAGACUUGCACCAAUCCAGUUUAAGCGCUAGUGAAGUUAAGUCCAAUCAAACAACACAAGAAAGUAACACGACCUCACACAACACUGGAUAUGCCAGCCUGGCUGAUUGUCGUGCCUACGUGGUGGCCAUUUUGGGAAGGUCGUCGUUACUGUGAAGGCAACUCGUGUUUACAUUUAGACGAACAAAAAUAACAGCUUUCAUGUAUUGUAGUAUUUGUCUGGCACUACCUGCCCAAACGGGGAUAAUUCAGCCCACUUAUGACUUGAGAAAAGACCUUGCAGUAAAAAACUUUUUUUGUUAUUUUUAUUUUAUUGACGUUCAUGCUCUGGUUAAAAAAAAAUCUGAAGUUACUCACUAUUUACUCAGUACUUGAGUAAUAAUUUCACUGUGUACUUUUUACUCAUACUCAAGUAAUUUUUUGGAGGACUAUUUUUUUACUUGAGUCACAUUAUCGUCAAGUAACAGUACUCUUACUUGAGCACAAUAUUUGGCUACUCUACCCACCUCUGGAGCGGAUAUCCUCUAUUGCUACUCUUACGUUUAAGCAACAUUUUUUGGCUCAUCAGAUACGCCAGUGUGGUAUUUGUUGCACUGGUCUUUUGUAUUUUCGUGGUAAGGUUGUGGUCCCAGCGGAACCACGAAGCGCACGUAACAUCAGCGACAAGAGCUGAUCCGCUAGUACAUCUUGUAUUAAUUAGGAAACGUGGCUACAAUUACCUAAUUAGUUUAGGGAUGUUAAUGUUAAAUGUAUUAAGCGACGGAGCGAUGUUAGGGAUUAUAUCACAACACAGAAUGAACUAACUUCAAAUUCAGAAAUGGCCAAUAAGAACAGAAAAAUACGGUACUUCAUAUUUUCCUGGAGGAUGCAUAUGGGCUUAGCCUUUGAAUUUGGUAAUAGUGAAAAAUAACAUGAAACAGACAAUGUUUUUGGUCAAUUCUUUUCCCGAAUGAGAGUGCUUAAAGAGGAGGAUGCUAUUCAUGUGGCACAGCUUGAAGCAGGCAUCGGGUGCAGGUGGAGGUAGGCCUGGCUCAAGUUGGAGGCCAAAACAACAAAGCAAGGAAAUGAGGCAAAUUUAAUUUGAAUUUUAAAUAUGUAGAUCAACAUGUACUUGAGCAGUGUAAAUAAAUGUUUUUCUGCUUGAAGUCUUCCAGAUUGCUUUAUUUAAACAUACUGGAAAAUGUUAGAUCUUUGAUCUUCCACUGUACAUUCAACUUAAGUGAAAAUGUAUAUACUUGAUAAAGCUGCGCUGCAGGUUUCAGUGGAGUUCCCAUUGAAAUACAUCACAUUGCUUGAAUUGUUCUUCUUGCAUUGUGCCAUACUCAGCCACGUCAUACAGAAAUACUGUACAGAUACCCACCAGCCACAGGAUACACAAUCUAAUGAGAUCAGAGCUGAAUCAAAAAUCAAAAGCAUUAUUUUUGUCAUGGCAGAAUUUUUUUAUACCGCUCUUCUGUCGUUCUGAUGUACCUAAUGUUUUCCUAUUAUUGUAUAUUUUGAAUUUGUUGUUGUUGUUUUUUUUUUUUAUCAUAGCAGAUGAUUUGCCAAAUGCAAAGAGAGAAUGACAUUGAUUUGGCCGAGGGGCUUCACACCUGGCCCGCAGCCAAUGCUGACAGACCUGUUGUACUUGAGCAACGAGCAAAACCUUUUCACCCUGCUUUUGCAUUACACGCCUCCUUUCUGUCACACAAACCGCGUCUACCUGUUGCUCACAUUCAAGUAUGCAAAAGGAGGAGCUAAGCCGUCAGGUAUGCAGUUGCGACUGGCCAUUGUCAAGCAAUUUGCAUAUAUAUAUAUCUAUAUCAUUUUUUUUCUUUUCAUUUCAUGAGCUAUUAUUGGGGGAGUCAACAAGCUCAUGCUUUAAUUUGUUUGAUUAACUUGACAUCCUGACUCAAGCCUGAUAGCAAGGCUCAUGGUUCUAAAUAAGAAACACUGACUAAAGCACAAGUCGAACAAUCUUCACUGUGAGAAAAAGGAAUAUUGAGUCCCUCCAGGUGCAAUACGCAGUAAUAUAUCCCAUAAGGCUCAUUAUUAGACGCUAAGGUAACUGUAUCUUUUCCCAAGGCCACAAAAAUGUGUUCCCAACAAGCGAGCAGUACAAAAGUCAUCUCCCCAGUGACAGGUUGUUCUUGUGCAAACUCAGUAGAAGGUAAAGUAUUCAUUGUUUCACAGUUGUUGUCCUUUCGAGUGACGGCUAACGGGCGGGAGAGGUCAGGUGAGAAUAAUGCGGUAACGUUCAAGGCGUUGCCCCGCCCAUACCACAUUCUAGUCUUGCUUCUUCUGCACCUCAGUUCACAAAGACCCAGCUUAGCCGUCUCAUAACUUCCUGUGACCGUUCAAGCACAGCAGUUCUAACACACUUACAUGCUGUGUUCUCGGGCUCGGUUCCGUGCGGGACUCUUUUAAUUCCUGGAUUCCUUUGGUGCUGUGGACAUGGGAGGCAGGGAGGAGGUCAUGGUGACCAGGGCACUAGGGCCCACCGUGCAAUUUACACGCUGGAACAAUAUCAGGCUCCGUCCUGCGCAGAAACCGAUGAGGAUCAGAAACUUCAAGUCAUCCUCGCAAAAGAAGAAAUCCAGAGAUCCCAGCCCCACCGAGAUGAGCGUGGAGCCCUGGGCCAGCCCGCAGGACCAGGCCGCCGCUGAGCAGAGCGCGCGCACGCCGCCGCCCUCGCCUCCCUCCCAGGACCAGGAGCAGCAUCCCGACAAACUCUGCUUCGACUCUUUCUGGAGCGAGGUGGAGACCAUUCGGCAGGGGGGCGGCCUUGCGGACCUCGACAGCACCCGGAGGGAUUCCAGACAAUCGGAAGAGGGAGAGCAGGAGGAGCAGUGGCUGGCCGACGCCGGUCUGUCCAACCUGAUCAGCGAGGGCAGCGAGGAUGUGGAGAACGCAGUGCUUCUGUCCACGCUGACGCGGACGCAGGCCGAGGCGGUCCAGCGCAGACUGGAUUCCUACACGAUGUCCCUGCGCAAGCGCAACAAACCGGCACCGCGCCACGUACGCGACAUCUUUGCCACGCCCAUCCAUCAGGGUCUGUCCGAGUCUCAGCGUAGUGAAGAACUGGCCCAGAACAGUGUGGCAUCAGUCUCCAAAACCCCCCUCUUAGCUCCCACGGAGGAAUUCUUCUUCACUGACGUGGCUUACUGUGAACAAGCCGUCAUCUUCCUCAAACAGGCCAAACAGCCUCAGAACAACGUCCAGCGAAGGAGGCAGGACGGCACCUUGCCUGUAAGCAUCCAACCUGCUGGCUCUCUCUUGCCCCGGGUGAUCUGCCCCAAGUGCCGCCUGGGAGUCACUCGAAUUCAAGAUCUGUCUCACGCCGACAUGAAGAAGGUGCGCCAGUUAGCUCUCAUCGACAUGACGGCGCUGUGCGACCUCAUCGGCCUGGAGGUGAAGCGGCACAAGACGGCCAAGAGGAAAUUGCCAGAGAGCCCGUUGUUCGGCGUGCCGCUGGCCACGCUGCUGGAGAGCGACCAAAAAGUGAAGGCGGCGGCGACCAUGCCUCUCCUCCUGCAGGAGCUUUUGACAUUCCUGGAGAAGAAGGGAGUCGAUUCUGAGGGCAUCCUGCGGGUUCCGGGAUCUCUGUCCAGAAUCAAGUUGCUGCAGCAGAACUUGGAGGCCAACUUCUACACAGGUCAGAUCAAGUGGGAGGAAGUGAGUCCCAAUGACGCCGCCACGCUGCUCAAGAAAUUCAUCCGAGAGCUCCCCGCUCCUCUGCUCACCACCGAGUACCUCAACACCUUUAGCGCCGUCAGAGAUGUCACAGAGCUCAAGCAGAAACUUCACAUGUUGAACCUGCUCAUUCUGCUGCUGCCUGAACCCAACAGGAACACGCUGAAGGCCCUCCUGGAGUUCCUCAGCAAGGUGGUGUCCCGGGAGAAGAGGAACAGGAUGAACCUGUGGGCCGUGGCAACCAUCAUGGCUCCCAACCUGUUCCUCCACAAGGCCGUGCCCAGCAGGUUGACCGAGGGGGCCGAGAUGGGGCAGGUGGAGAAGGCCGCUGACGUCAUGAGGCUCCUCAUCCGCUACCAGGACCUGCUUUGGACGAUUCCAAAUUUUGUCAUGAACCAGGUGCGGAGGCUGAACGAGAAUAGCAACCGGCGCUACCAGUUUUACGAUCGCCGCUUCAAGAACUUUCUGAGGAAGAUUCACACCGACAGCAAGGAAAAACCUGAUAAAAAUACCUCAGAGCUACGCCGCGCGGUGAAGAUCCACAUCGGGGAUCAGGUGAGCGGCACGAUGGACUUCCAGAUCAAUGGGGACUCGCGAGCUUCCGACCUGCUGACACAGUUUUACCGCCAGUUCAUCCUCAGCCCUGAAACCGGGAAGGGCCAACGGCGAAGGAAUGGCUCCGUGUCCUAUUCGGAGUGCGCCCUGUACGAAGUGGGAGGGAACAUCGGCGAGCACCGCCUGGACCCCGACACACACCUGCUGGAUUUGUACAACAGCAACUCAGGAGGCGAGUGGGUCCUCAAGAUGAAGCCCAACGCAAGCCGAGGCUUGUGAAAGUGUGGCUUCAAGAAGAGCAAAAGACAAGACGAGUCUGUGGCCAUUUCAUGGUGAGAGCAACAAGGCAGAAGGAUCCAGAUGGAGGACAGAUGAACAAUCUGCCAGGAGCAGUUUCUGCCCUGCCCCCCCCCCCCCCCCCCCACACCCCCGCAACCAAAAACCCUCCAUGAUCACCUGCUUUCCCUCCACCUCCAUCUUUCUGCAUCCCUCUACCUCCUCCUCUCUUGGAUGUGACUCAUUACAUCCUGCUGAAGGACCUGCUGCUGCAUUGACAGCGAGAGAGAGAGAGAGAGAGAGAGAGAGAGAGGAUCCCUGGGCAGUUUUGGUGCGCCAUCUUUUCUCUCCAGCAAUCAUCGCCGGUCGAGAGCGAGCAGAUGGGCUCGCAGAGCACCUCUGGCGAUACGCAACCCCCCCCACAUCCCCCUUACCUCCCCCACCCCGUCAUCAGUCUGACACACACCCGCUUUUAUGUGUGCACUUUAGUUCAAGAAGCAGAUAUUCAUACACACACAAGGGUUCAGUGCCUUGCUCGAGGGAACACUGAAAGUGCCCUGAAGAGAACAGGAAACACUCCAGUGAACAGUCCAAAUGGUCCGUUUUUGCUACACAGCUGGCUCUUUUUCUUACCCAUCUUCAGACUGAGCGAGUGAUUUUUUUUAUUUUAAUUUUUUUUUUAAAUCCAUUGCACUAUAUCCCUUAACACAAGACAUGAAGACCUUGUUAUUUCAUAUCCUCUUGGAAUCGCAGUCUUGAUUCUUAUACUUCCAAAUUAAAAAAAAAAUGUCUUCACUGGAGCCUCAACAUAACCGAAAUACACCCAUUUUUGCAGGCCCGUGUAUUUAGGGGUCCCCGACACAACCUCCCAAAACACAUUCAGAAGGGGAACGUUAGACAAAAUAAAAUCUCGUUAAAGGACUCACAGAAAAAGUCACACCCAUAGCCAAAAUUGAACAGGAGCCAUUUUGAGCUGAAAGCGAAUGUCUGAGCUUUUUUUUUGCCUGCGCCAUCAAGUGUGCUCACAACUCGGUGUGAAGCUUUGACUGUUUCAAGGAUUCGCCAUGAAAAAAGAUUGCUUCCUACAUCAAAUUCCUCAAAGGACCUUGCUAAAUUUAUGAACUACUAAUAAGCAAUUCCAGUGGUGCCCGGAGAUACGAGUUUAAUUUGUUUGCUCACCAACUCAAAUCAUUUUUCCCCCCCAUUGAAAUGAAGGGAAAUACCAUAAAACUGUUCAGCCUCCCAGAAAAAAAAGGAAGUUUAGAGUGUGUUAAGGAAAAUAUCACUUUAUAAUAUUGUACUUCAUGAAAACAUAUAGUGAUGUCAUUAAAUACAACGUACGGACUUAAACAGUUUGUGCAUCCUGAUAUUGUGGCUCCUGGUGUGAGCACCUUGGCCAUCAGGGGGCAGUAUAAUUCUGCCAUGCGGACACAAACGAAAAAGAAUUUCACAACUACUGUGACUCAGUAACUGCAACAAUAUUAGUCAUUUUUCAUGGAGGAUUAAGAAUGUUAUAUUGUCUGUCGACAGCAUUUAUGUUCAAAUCCCCGUUCCGCCCGUACAACUCUGCCACAUAGCUUAGAUCUUAGCCUGUCUAUUGCGUUUCCCAUUGUGUUAGCAUAAAGCUAGCAGAUUUAAAGGCAAAGGCAUGGGGGAUGUAAAUCCGUUUUAUUUUGAGUGUGACAAUGAUCUUCAGAUGGGAAUGGCAAUUAACAGCUUGAAGCUUUGUUGUUGUCAGUCUGCCAAACUGCUGCUUGUGAAGUAAGUUGAGUUCAAUUGCACAGCACUUGUCUCAAAUUUUAGUCAAAGCAAAAGAAUCAAAUGGCCGAAAAGCAGCAUGUACCGAAAAGCAGCAUGUACCUCCAAAAACUCGUAAGUCGGGUCACUCUUUAAAAAUUCUGUUUAAAUUCGUCUCCUGAAGCCAGUCAGUUUGACUUAGCAACGUGACAUUUGGCAGGCAUGUCUAUCAUGAGUAGACACUCAAAAAAACCACAGGAAGUCAGUCGUUUUAGUUUGAAGUAAGCAUUUUAGAGUCACCUUGGCCAUGUCCAGGGGUUCUUCAAAGGCAAAUUUGUGCAAGAGUCUUUGUCGGAUUGCUGCCAAAUUUAACCCAUGUAUACUGGACUGAUGGGUGACCCUGAAUCAAAAGAAGUUUUCGUUAUUGUAUGGAAGCGCAGCAUGGCAGCCAAGUUUGACUGGCUAAAAAAAACAAAAAAUAAAACUCAUGGGUCAACUCAACAGGGCCACAAAAAUCGCGUGUGUGAGAGAGAGAGAGAGAGAGAUAUGAUGAUGAUGGUGAUGGUGGUCCAGCCCUGAAGACAUUCCCAGUACGCAGUCCUCCAUCUGGUGCACUUCCCAAAUUUGCAGGCGGGAUCACAUGCUCUCGUGGGCCAUAUGUUGCUGACAACCUGCAGAAAAUGACUACAAGUGUAUCUUCUCCUCUUUGGACUUUUGGGGGUAUUUUCAGGGUUAUCUUCCUUCCAUGACGUGAUCAUUUGUGGUAGGAAAGGGACAUCAGUCAAAACAAAUUGGCUUCAUGCCGCCCCCCCCCCCCCCCCCCCCCCACCCCCAUAUUGACAGUCCAGAGCAUUUCUCCUCCUUUUGACCUCCCUUUUAUUCCAGUGCGUGCCCUUUAAAAGCAGACCCCGAUGCCUAUCUUCUUAUCAGAGACCACCUGCGGUCUCAUGGGCCUUAUAAAGAACAUCGAUGGAUUUCCUCAACCUGUGCAUUGAAGGACAUUUUGAAGUCAAACGGUGUCACCUCCUGAACGACACACGGUGAAGCUGGCCUUCAUUUUUUGAACAGUGCGAGGGUGGGGUGGGGUGGGGGGUAUUAUGGGAUGUUUAUUUAUAUGAAUGUGAAGGCGUUGUCGCUUGUGUAUUAUUGAUGCUAGCCAUUGUUCAUUUACUUCACUUUUCCAUGUACAUAGUUGUCACGCGCUCACUUCAUUUCGCAUUUGGGUGCGCGUCGCCGCCAUGUUGAUGUGGCGCCGCCAUUUUGUGGCUCAUCCAUCAUCGCUCGGCUCGCCAUCUCGCCGUCAUCUGGGCCGUAAUGGCUGCCGGGCGCAUGCAUCACAGGCGCCGCAUCUCUCCGAUAAAGGGAGAAGCUAAUAAAUGGCUGUUAUAAAUUCAGGACUCCAUGACAGCAGUGUGUGUGUGUGUGUGUGUGUGUGUGCGCGCACGUACGUGUGAUGGGCUUCAUCACAGGACCACAGUUGAGCGAGCGCGUACAAAAGCGAGCUGAUGGAGCGGCCUUCUGCUGGCAAUCAGGAGAAGUAGGUCACCUCUGAGGCGGUGUCCCACAGGGCCCCGCACCCGCGCAUCUUACGUCACGCACUCCAGUUGACGCUGCAUGUGUUCGUACACGACACUGGUGUGGAUACAGGGAGUCCUCAACUUACGGCGUUACCCGCCAUACAAGCCGAUGAAUGUGUACAGUGAACCGUCACAGCCAUAGGAACCGAUCUCCGUCAUAAAUUGAGGACUCCAUGUUGUGUGUUUAUGUCAAUAUACUAUGUACGUAUGUGUGCGCGCACACCAAUUUAACAACCUUGCGAAUGUAUAUUUAUGUCCCAGUGUUUUGAAUACCAAAAAAAAAACUGCCAUUAGUUCCUUUUUUUCCAGUCAAUAAAUGUGAAUCUAAUGUGA